CAUUCUCAAGCAGGAAAUGCAUGUAUGUAUCGUUAACCUUCGCAGACUCAGUAUAUAAGAGCCGGUGACAAAUUUUGAAUUCACUCUGGCAACCUACUCCGAGCUGUCAACAUAUUGACUGCAGAACAGCGUUUCCAAUAAAAUAAGCAAUAAUGAACAAGAUCCCGAAAACAUAUCUCCUGGCCUUGCUGGUCGUAGCGGCAUCUGCCCAACGCUAUUCAGCGCCGCGUAGGACGUUCGGGAGCAGCUCCAACUCUGGAUCCUUCGGGAGCAGCUCUGCUGCAUUCGGAAGCAACUUUAACGCCGGUGCUUUCGGAAGAAGUUCUGGCCCUGUGGUCCCGAUUUUGAGGGAUGAUAGAAACGGUCCCAAUAACGGCGCCUACGACUUCUGGUUCCGGACGGGCAACGGCAUCGAGAGGAGGGAGCAGGGAGCGCCCACUGGCCCCAGGGGUGCUGUUGAGUCCAGCGGCUCUUGGAGCUUUACCUUCCCGGACGGCACUCCGGCGUCGCUGAGCUUCGUUGCGGACGAGAACGGCUACCGUCCCGAGUCCUCGAUGAUCCCCACGCCUCCCCCCCUCCCCCGCCACGCCAUCGAGCAGAUCGAGUUCGCCAGGAGGUCGUCCGGCGGACGGCCAUCCAGUGGCGGACAGGCUGCAGGCGGCCGGCCUUUUAAUAGCCAAGGCCGAUACUAUAACUGAUCAAGUUCAAUGAACAUAAUUUAUGGAAAUAUUAAAAAUAUUUUUGGCAAUCCGAUUAAAUAUGUUGAUCACCGAUGAACCUCAAUAAUCUCUUCGUAACUUCACGAUUCCAUGAUAGAACUGUACUUAAAAUUUUUCUAUUAAAAUGCAUAUUCCUGAUA